AUGACCAUUUGGUCUAGUGAUACCAAAGAAGCAGAAAAUUCAGAUUCAUGUGUACCCCUGUACAGAGCUGCACUAAAAAAUGACUGGAAAGCAGCAAAAAAGAUCAUAGAUGACGAGCCGUCUAUAGUGCGUGCCAAUAUCGCACAGGGAUCGUAUACUGCACUUCAUGUUGCAGCCGGAGCAGGACAUGUUCGCUUUGUGGAGAAGUUGAUGGGUAGGAUGGUGUUAAAUGACUUGAGACUGUUAGACGAAAGAGGAAAUACUGCUUUUUGUGUAGCUGCCGCCGUUGGAAACGUUAAAAUUGCUAAAAUUAUGAUGCGAAGGGAUCCAGGGCUGCCAAAACAACGGGGUUUUGAAGGACAUACGCCACUCUAUAUUGCUGCUUUGUUUGGACAUCAAAAGAUGGUGUCGUAUCUAUAUUCUGAACCCACAUAUAGAGAUUCACAAGAAGAUCUGCCCAGGCUAUUUUUCACAAGCAUAGAUAGUGGUCUCUACGGUUUAGCCUCAAAAUUGCUAGAAGAUCAUCCGGAUUUUGCUUUAAAACGUGAUCGUAAUAGAAAGACAGCCUUGCAUUUAUUGGCCCAAAAGCCAAAGCCUUCAUCAUAUCCACGAGGAAGUCCAGGAAUAUUUGCGAGCUUCAAAAGAUAUAAAAAUCCAGAACAAGCUUUAGUCAAACAACUCUGGUUUGAAGUUGCAAAACAUGGAAAGGCAAAGCUAAUUGAUGUACUAACAAGUCCUUCGCAUCUAUUGUUUGACGCAAUGGAAAUAGGAAAUUGCGAGUUUGUAGCUCAGCUUAUUUACGAGUGUCCUGGUCUGGUAUGGGAAAGAAAUAGCAAAGGAUGGACCAUAAUACAUGCAGCAGUUUGGCAUCGUCAUGAGACUAUCUUUAGUUUAAUAUAUGAGGUAGGCAUUGUCAAGAAUGUGAUAGCUACCUUUAAAGACAAGGAAGAUGGGAGCACUUUACUUCAUUUAGCUGCAAGAUCAGCUCCGGUAAGUCAGCUGAACAGACUAGCUGGAGCAGGUUUUCAAAUACGACGUGAAUUAUUAUGGUUUGAGGAGGUGAAAAAGAUUGUUCAACCUUCUUAUAUACAGAUGAAAAAUUCAAAAGGCGAAACACCUCAAGAAUUAUUCACUUCUGAACAUGCAACGUUGUUAAAAGAUGGACAGACAUGGAUGAACGGAACAGCACAAUCAUGCACAAUCGUAUCAACCCUCAUCGCCAGUGCUUUAUUUGCUGCAGAAGUUACUGUUAUUAUGGGAAAUCAUCAAGUUAAAUCGGCCCCGUUUCGAAUUUUCAUCAUUUCAGAUGCAAUAGCAUUUUUGUUGGCCCUAGCUGCAACGUUAACGUUCUCGGCCAUCCUCACCUCACGCUAUGCUGAAAGAGAUUUUCUUAGUGCCUUAUCAUGGCGGUUGAAAAUGGGACUCGCAUUGCUCUUCUUUUCUAUUACAGCCAUGAUGUUUACAUUUAGCUCGGCCUUUUUUAUUGCUUACGGUCAUAAGGACGUCUUCUCUAUUCUCGUAACUGUAUGUGCAGGUGUGCCAGUGCUUUUAUAUGUUUUCCUGCAGUUUCCCCUUCUCAAGGACAUAUUUGCAUCCACGUUCUCUUGCACGUCUAUAUUUAAACAAAGUGAACCCGUGCUACUUUAAUUAAUAAGGAACUCAAGAAUCAAUGUAUUUAAAUUUGUUUUCCCAGUAUGUUUUUACUUGAAUAAAAUUUAUUAUCAUCCUUCUGUAAUGAAUUUAACUAGACACUUGAUGAUGAUCUGUUUACAAACUAAUUAUAACACCAAACUAUGUGGGUGAUAAGUUUGGGAGAGGAUAUGCUACCUCCAUUUUCUUAAAUUGGGAAUAAUUUUCUACAUUGAUUUAAUUAGCCUAAAAGGCUUGAUAUAUACAGUUUUUCUAUUUAAACCUUGCACUUCUCUUUGUUCACCCCACAUUCUAAGUUCACCCCAACUUCUAAUUCAAAAUUUCACAAUUUCUAAGAAAACUCGACUAUUUUCCCAAACUAACCCUAAAUACACACCGAGCAGAAAGAGAGGAAAAAAAAAAAAGACUCGUCGACCUCACACCCCGGACCUCGCUAUCUUACCCUCACCACUCUAAGUUCACCUCAACCUCACGUUACUUAAAGAGAUAAAAACACUGUUGUCCAAAUGUGUAGCAGCAUUGAGAAUGAACUAGGAGGUUUUGUGAAGAGAAGAUGAGAGUGUAGUAGUUUCUUGGAUUGAAAGAGGAGUAAUCUAGCAAUAGGGUGUAGAGGAUAGUGACGGACCCAGUAAUUUUUCAGCGGAUGUGCAAUUUUUAAAAGCUAAGAGCUCAAAAAAAAAAAA